ACCAAUAGCAGCUUAAGUCUACUAGUACUCCAUUCUAUACUCCAAACUCAAUACUACACUGAACAUUUGCUACUGUUCCCGCCAAAACCAACACUCUCUUCUUCAUGCUACCUCUCUUUCCCGCCAAAACCAACAGCUCUCUUCCUCAUGCUGCCUGUUCCCGCCAAAACCAACAGCUCUCUUCUUCAUGCAUGCUGCCUGUUCCCGCCAAAACCAACAGCUCUCUUCCUCAUGCUGCCUGUUCCCGCCAAAACCAACAGCUCUCUUCCUCAUGCUGCCUGUUCCCGCCAAAACCAACAGCUCUCUUCCUCAUGCUGCCUGUUCCCGCCAAAACCAACAGCUCCUCAUGCUGUCUGUUCCCGCCAAAACCAACAGCUCUCUUCCUCAUGCUGCCUGUUCCCGCCAAAACCAACAGCUCUCUUCCUCAUGCUGUCUGUUCCCGCCAAAACC